GUGACAGCCGCAGAGGCAGCAGAGGAGGGCCGGCUGCGGCAGGAGCCGGGCAGCCCAGGGAGCUGCGCCCUUGCCCUGAGAAGCCAGGUACGGUGCCGGUACGGGGCUGGGCCACCUGAGUCCCACAGGGCAGCAGGGUUGGGUGGGGGUAGAACGUCCUGCCUCACCUCCUGUCGGGCCAGUGAAUCCUCCCAAGAUGCCUCUCUGCAAAAUAGUCCUUUUCCUUAAGGGUAAAAAAAAAUAAAAAGAAGCUAGGAAAGCACUGCCGAUGUUGCCUUGCCAUUUCCUGUCAGAAAAGUGGAGAAAAGACCUUUUGCUUUUGUUGCUCAGAUGUGAAGGAGCCUGUAGCCCUCUGCCCGUGGAUGAAGCACAGUUAAAUUUUUGUCUGUGACCAUCUUGCUCUUAAAGCAGAGCUGCAAGAGGUUGCAAGAGUAAGAAGUAAUUUCAAAGGUGACAACAAGUGGCUAGGAACAUCCCUCCCCUCAUUAUUUUAGCUUUUGUUUCUUUCUUGCAGGGGCUUGCCCCAGAAGUCAGGACUCUUAGCCAGAGCUAACUUCAGCAAGGGCUCCACCCUGUUCUUGGAGAGCUGGAUGGCCACAGAGACAGCGAUUCAGACGAGGCUACCCUGUCCCUGGGGCCACAUACCAAGGGAUGCUACACUGGGCAGAGCCCAGCAGUUAGCAACAGCUGGGGCAGUGCAGACAGGGCACUUUGUAGAUCUACAAAAAGAAGGUGGUUGAGGCAUAAAAAAGACUUUAAAAUAUGUUGUGCCAGUGCCUGCUCCACCUGCAGAUAAUAAAUCACUAAUCUAAAUAGACAACACAAUAACUCCUUGGAGCAGAAAGGCAACCAAGAUCCGAGGGGAGAAAUGAUCACCCAGGAGGGUGCCUGCUGCAUCACUGGCAGCAGCCGAGCCAGACAGGCUGUGUGCUGAAGCGGGGAGGUGAGGAAGAGAAGAGGAACUUUUAAAAGAGGAAAGCUCAGCCCUGGCCUGCCAGAAGGUGAAGAAUGUCCUCAAAGUUGCUUCUGUCUCAGGUGAAAUGCAGCUGGGCACAGCUGGAGGAGAUGCCACAGAAUUUCCUGGCCAGAGGAGAGGAUGUCUUUUGCUGUGCAGGGGCUAGCCCUGGCUAGAGACACGGCUCCUGGUUCUGAGCCUGUUCUUCUGCUGCCCAGGGAGGGGAGCAGGCAAUAGUACACAGCGGGUGACAGAGGUGACAGGCAGAGGAAUCUGGCUCUGGGUUUGCUAUGGGAGACGGGAGAAGGUUGAAAUCUCUGCAUUAAACCAGACAUGCGACAAAACCACUGCUGGUGUCCAAGGUGAGGGUGGCCUGGUUCAUUGGCUACCAGUGCCUCCUGUGCCUGGGCUGCCCCCACACCAAGCCAGUGUGGCUGGUACCACUGUCCUGCCAGGAGGAUGGGUUCUACUGGGGCAGGGCCGGGUGAGUCGAUGGCUUCUCUUAGCAUUCCAGGGAUGCACAGUGCCAUGGAGAGCCAGGCAGGGCAGAAGCAGAGCAAUCACAGUUCCUAGGAGCUGUAGGCUGGGUGGUUUGGCUGUCACUCAGGGCUGCCCCUGGAUGUGGCACAUCCCUGCAGCUGCACCCCAGCAGCCCGUACCCGCCCGAUGCCCCAACUCGCUGGCAGGGCAGAGGUGCCGCCGGGGAUUCCCUGGUGGGCAGAGUCACUUGUUUAUGCCGGGCAGAGUCACUUGUUUAUGCCGUAGCACUCAAGCAGUGAGAUAAUGUCGGUGUUAUCUGUGCCUCAGGCAUCCUGUUUGGCAAACCCUUAUCUGUGCCGUGCACAUGUGGCUGCUGCCAGGUGCCAGGGAGCCGGCAGGCAGCACGGGCAGGGGUACUGGGCAGUGAUGCCCAGUGAAAAGGCUCUCCAGCACCAGCUUCGCAGUGAAAGGCAGGAGGCAGAGAGCUGUCCUACAGCUGAGGUCACAGAAGCAUCUCUUAGAGGGUCUGGAUAGGGUGGGCAGGAGCGAUUUGCCCAAAACUACCCCUAUACUCCACAGCCUGGGCUGUCCCAGUGCCUCAGGGUCCCUGUGGGUGCGGGGUACGGGGUACCUGCCCCUGGACUUCUGGUCCUGGCUAAUCCUCACGAUUAUCUCAGUCCUUCCAAGCCAGGGUAGCACCCUUAAUGCGUCUCCCUGCGUCCAAACGCUUUCAAAUUGUGAGAAAGAUUUUAUCAGGUGCUGCCUGAGGCGGGGCAGCAGCCGAUAAAAGGGUGGAGAAGGAGGAGGCUCCGGCUGCUGGAGCUGUUCGCUGGCAGACUUGCUCAACGGCACCCUGCAGCUCAGGGACACCUUUUGGGUCAAGCACUUCCUAGGGACCUGUGGUGGAAGGGAUUCUCCUGCCCGCGCUCAGGAGAUGCCUCUAAAGUCUCAGGGAGAGCCGCCCGUGUCCCCAGGGAGGAACGGAGGGAUGGCAGCAGCGGGACUGCACCUAGGCUUGUGUGUCCUCGCCGGUAGCACGCCACAGCCCCGACGGGGCGGGAUCGGGUACCUCCAGUGGGCUGUUGAGCCCUCCCCGGGGCGAGCGGGGCUCCCAGGAAGGUGCCCGCUGUAUCGCCGGCAGCAGCCGAGCCGGCGGGGCAGCAUCGAUUCCUCUGCGGUUUGCGGAGACAUUGCAUAAAGAGGGGAACAGGCUGUGCCAGCCUGGGCGGGAGCCUCUGCCCUAAACAGCACGCGGCCGCGCCCCUUCCCCAGGAGCAGCGCCUGCGGCGUGGCUCUGCGGCGCGGAGAGCAUCGCCCCGACUGGUGCUCAGCACUGGGGCACAGCAAAGGAGGCACUUCUCCAUUCCAGAGCCUGCGUCCAGAGGGACAGUACAGAGGUGACACAAGAAAGUGUCUUUGUACCUUUGUACCCUUGAGCCCACGCUGAGCAAAGCCCCAGCUUGCCUUGUGCCCUCAGAGGGAUGGCUGGGGGACAGGAUGCACCAUCCUGACACCUGGGAAAUUCCCACACUGCUCAGACCCUUCCUUGGUGAGCAGAGCAACGGGAAUCCAGCAGGAGCAUGUGCCCUGCAGCAUCCUGAAUCCCUUCCAGGGAAGCCAACCUCCAACCUUGGAAAUAACCUGAGAUGUGAAAGGGCUUCUGGUGAUUAACCAGCUCCCAGCAGAGCUGAUUCAGGUCUUCUCUCCCUCCUACCAUGUGCACCUUUUUCCACUAUCUGCAAAGCGAGCCUCCAUCCUGCCAAGUAUCCAUCCAGCCAUGUAGGACCCGCUCUCUGAACCCAGGCAUGGGGCACCUGCCUCCACACAGAGCUCAAACUUGGUCAUGUAUUGUCUCCGCAGCAGCAACAGCCUCUGCAUCUCAGACACCUUGAUUCCAUUUUUAAAGCAAUACCUAUUUGUAGUUACCUAUUUGUAGCAAAACUAUUUGUAGUUACAAAAAGAAAGGUGGCAGUAUUUUUUUUUUUCCACUGUUCUGCCCUACCAUGUUGGGUUCCAGCAGAAGUGAAACUGGCAGGGCCCUGCUCUGCCCUGGGGCCGUGUACCCAUGAACACCCCUCUGAGGCCCAGCAGUGUCUCAGCAGUAGGAGGAGAGGCAGCUCCCACCCUGCCCAGGUGACCCUCAGCACUUGGCACUGGUCUCCUCCCCAGCAGCUGCCCCUCAGCCUCUCUCCCUUCCUGGCUGCUCCUUCCCUUCCCAUAACUGACCACUCUUGGCAGAGGAGCUGCUAGAAAGCAAGUGAUCCUGAAUUACUGGAUAUACAGACUCAGCAAUUCCAUAAAAUGAGACAACUAUAUUAAAACAUUUUUUCAAGGAAGAUAUCCAGAGACAGGAAACAAGGUUCAUUUAUACUGGCCAAUGAUAAAGUAAUUGUAGUGGGUUAUGGCUCUUGUGGAAUGGGUUCCUCCUUUUGUCUAGAAUGUCCUGGUGGAGCAGCAUCAAUUUCUUUGGAACUGGAAAACACAUGUGACCUGCAUGGCUCUUGUUUGGCUUUAGCUGGAAAUGAGCAGAGUAAUUUCUGCGGAAAACCUGGCCAAGGCAAUUCUACUUACGAGCAGGACAGGGGCACUGCUGAGGGACUGCGAUCUGCUGGGAGGACAUGGACUCUGGGCGCACCUGGCACCUACCUGGGCAUCGCUGCCAUCGCAUGGGGCAUGGUGCUGUGGGUGGAGGUGGGUGCCUGGACCUACCACUACAGUGACCAAGGGGACUACACGUGGGAGCAGGCCAGGAAUUUUUGCCAGACCUUCUUUACUGACCUGGUGGCAAUCCAGAACCAGCAGGAGAUCGAGUACCUCAACAAGACCCUGCCCUACCACGGGCGCUACUACUGGAUUGGCAUCCGCAAGCUGGGCGGUAUCUGGACGUGGGUGGGCACCCGGAAGGCGCUGUCCAAGGAGGCAGAGAACUGGGCAGCGGGGGAGCCCAACAACCGCCGCUCCAACCAGGACUGCGUGGAGAUCUACAUCCAGCGGCCGCAGCAGUCCGGCAGGUGGAACGACGAGCGCUGCGACCGGAAGAAAAAGGCGCUGUGCUACCAGGCCUCCUGCCAGCCCCUCCCCUGCAGCCAGCGUGGUGAGUGCGUCGAGACCAUUGGGAGCUACCGCUGCGAGUGCUAUCCCGGCUUCCACGGCCCUGAGUGCACGGAUGUUGUGCAGUGUGCCAAGCUGGAGCCCAAGGGAGUGCCCAUGAACUGCAGCCAUCCCUAUGGGGACUUCAGCUACAACUCCACCUGUGAGUUCGGGUGCCACGAGGGGUUUGAGCGGCGAGGGGCGGGCGUGCUGCGGUGCCUGCCUUCCCAGGAGUGGUCAGCAAACAUCCCCACCUGCACAGCCAUCACCUGCCCGGUGCUCAGAGCACCAGACCAGGGAGAGAUGAACUGCUCCCACCUCCAUGGGGAUUUCACCUUUGGCUCCACGUGUGCCUUCUCCUGCCAGAAGGGGUUUGUGCUGAUGGGGCCGGAGAGCCGUGAGUGCACAGCCACGGGAACCUGGACAGGGGACGCCCCACACUGUGAAGCCAUUGCCUGUCCAGUGCUCGGUGCUCCAGACCAGGGAGAGAUGCACUGCUCCCACCUCCGUGGCAACUUCACCUAUGGAUCCAUGUGUGCCUUCUCCUGCCAGACAGGCUUUGCCUUGGUGGGGCUGCAGAGCCGUGAGUGCACAGCCUUGGGGACCUGGACUGGGGACACACCACACUGUGAAGCCAUCACCUGCCCAGUGCUCAGAGCACCAGACCAGGGAGAGAUGAACUGCUCCCACCUCCACGGAGACUUCGCCUUUGGCUCCACGUGUGCCUUCUCCUGCCAGAAGGGGUUUGUGCUGAUGGGGCCGGAGAGCCGUGAGUGCACAGCCACGGGGACCUGGACAGGGGACGCCCCACGCUGUGAAGCCACUGCCUGUCCAGUGCUCGGUGCUCCAUACCAGGGAGAGCUGAACUGCUCCCACCUCCAUGGGGACUUCGCCUUUGGCUCCACGUGUGCCUUCUCCUGCCAGAAGGGGUUUGUGCUGAUGGGGCCGGAGAGCCGUGAGUGCACAGCCACGGGGACCUGGACAGGAGAUGCCCCACACUGUGAAGCCGUUACCUGCCCAGUGCUCAGAGCACCAGACCAGGGAGAGAUGAACUGCUCCCACCUCCAUGGGGACUUCACCUUUGGCUCCACGUGUGCCUUCUCCUGCCAGAAGGGGUUUGUGCUGAUGGGGCCAGAGAGCCGUGAGUGCACAGCCACGGGGACCUGGACAGGGGAUGCAACAAGAUGUGAAGCCAUCAGCUGCCCAGUGCCCAGUGCUCCAGACCAGGGAGAGAUGCACUGCUCCCACCUCCAUGGCAACUUCACCUAUGGAUCCAUGUGUGCCUUCUCCUGCCAGACAGGAUUUGCCUUGGUGGGGCUACAGAGCCGUGAGUGCACAGCCUUGGGGACCUGGACUGGGGACACACCACACUGUGAAGCCGUUACCUGCCCAGUGCUCAGAGCUCCAGACCAGGGAGAGAUGAACUGCUCCCACCUCCACGGAGACUUUGCCUUUGGCUCCACGUGUGCCUUCUCCUGCCAGACAGGGUUUGUGCUGAUGGGGUCAGACAGUCGCAAGUGCACAGCCACAGAGACGUGGACAGGGGAUGCCCCACGCUGUGAAGCCAUCAAAUGCUCAGCACUGACCACCCCCAAGAUGGGCCAGGCUGCCUGCUUCCAUCUCCAUGGGGACUUCACCUUUGGCUCCACGUGUUCCUUCUCCUGCCAGGUGGGGUUUGUGCUGAUGGGGCCAGAGAGCCGUGAGUGCACGGCUCUGGGGACCUGGACUGGGAACUCCACACAUUGCAAAGCCAUCAGCUGUCCAGUGUUGUCCCCCCCCAGCAGAGGCCAACUCAGCUGCUCUCAUGUGCACGGGAACUUCACCUACAACUCCACGUGCACCUUUUCCUGCGAGGAGGGGUUUGUUCGGAUGGGAGCAGAGAUGCUCCGGUGUGAGGCCACAGGGAACUGGACCAGGGAUCCCCCCGUCUGUGCAGAGGAUGGUGCCUUCCUAAAGCAAGUCCUGGCUUACAGCAGCGGCUCAGCCCUGGCAGUAGCUGGUCUUGUGCUCUCUGGAGGGCUCAUUGCCCUCCUUGCCAAGAGGCUCAGUGACAGAGUGACCUGGGAGCGCCGGGCACCUUCACCAAUGCAGCAUAUGAUGCCAACCUGUGAGGUGAGGGCGGGCGAGACCCUCGCAGCACCCUGUUCAAAACUCACCUGGGUGGCCAUCCUCCUGGCUGGGGUGCUCCUAGGUGGGGACACCCCUUGGGACUGAAGUGGGUAACACCAGCUCCAUCUCUCCUGUGCUUCCAGCCUGCCCAAGACUGAAACGCACCGUGUCCCCCAGGGCUGCAGGCCCAGCUGCUGGAACUGCUGAUGGAGCACAGAGGGACUCCAUGCCUGUGGUUGUAGCCUGGACCAGAGCUGCCCCUGGACACUGCCACCAUGCUGCAUGUGCAGCAUUCCCCUGGGAAGGGGAGCUGCCUCCAGUGCAGGCAGCUGGAGACCCACCAGGGGCCAAGAGCCACGUGCUGGGGGCAGCCUGCCACCCAGCCCUUGGACAUUCUCCCGCCAGGAAUUUGGAUAUUCCCCGGUAGCUGCUUCACUCAUGCUUCCACCAAUGAGUUUGUGUCAGCGAGGUUUGAAUAAACACCUUUUUCUAACUAAUGCCUCCUGUGUGCCUGGGGCGGUGGGGGGAAGUUUUCAUUAAAUCAUGUGGCCAACACACCUAGGGAAGUGAUUCUUCCCCUGGACUGGCACUGGUGAUGCCACUUCUGGGGUGCUGUAUCUGGUUCGGGGCCCCUCGGUUCAGGAUGUUGAAGUGCUGGAGCAUGUCCAGAAAAGGCUCCGAGCCCGGUGAAGGAGCUGGAGCAGCUGGUGAGGAGCAGCUGAGGGAGCUGGGGUUGUUCAGCCCGGAGAAAAGGAGGCUCAGGGGUGACCUGGAAGGAGAUUGUAAC